UCAGACCUUCGUUGAUCCGGAGACGAGGGGGGGGGUCGGUCUCCUUCUUUCUCCUCUCUCUCGUUUCUUUUGAACAAUGCUGCAGAAAAGUGGACUCACGUCUCACCGACGACUUUGACUUGUCGCUUUCGUUUUGCGCGGAUCGAACAUGGACGCGUUUCGCUGUUGCCUCCUCCACCACCUCCACCACCAGCACCAGCGUUAUUAUUACCAUUGUUAACGGCGUGUCGUCGAUCUAAAGAAGAAGAAGAAGACGAGGAAGAAGAGGAAGAAGAGGAAGGGGACUCUAAACGCAGCGACGGUUAUCCCGGCGUGGUCCGGCCAAACUCGGCAGCAUCAUGAUGGAGUACUGGAGACAGUGCGCGUUGUGGCUGAUCCACUGCAAGGUGCUCCCCGCCAACCACCGCGUGACGUGGGAGUACGCGCAGGUAUUCGACCUGGCCCAGACCCUCCGGGACGGGGUCCUCCUCUGUCAGCUGCUCAACAACCUCAAACCCCAGUCCAUCAACCUGAAGGGGAUCAACCUGAGACCCCAAAUGUCACAGUUCCUCUGCUUGAAGAACAUCAGGACCUUCCUGGCAGCAUGCACGGAGAUGUUUGGCAUGAAGAAAGGCGAACUGUUCGAGGCCUUUGACCUGUUUGACGUCAGGGACUUUGGAAAGGUGAUGGACACCCUGUCCAAACUGUCCCACACAACGGCUGCACAACAGAGAGGACUCAGGCCUUUUCCAACGGAGGAGAGCGUUCAGGAUGAGGACAUCUACAACCACCUGGAGGACCUCAUAGAUGAGAAGGGGGUGGGGGAUGAGGACGAUCUAUAUGACUGUGUGUAUGAUGAUGAAGACGGAGGAGAGAUCUACGAGGACCUGAUGAAGACGGAAGCCAUCCCUCCACCGGUCAGUCCAACUCCACUAGCAGACACUGACAUUAGGAGUUGUUGCCUGGCGGAGAUCAAGCAGACAGAGGAGAAGUACACAGAAACUCUGGAGUCCAUAGAGAAGCACUUUAUGAUGCCCCUCACCAUGUUUUUAUCCACGACAGAGAUAGAGAAGGUUUUCAUCAAUAUCACGGAUUUGGUGACUGUUCAUAAAAGUCUACUGUUAGAGGUCCGGGACUCAAUUCAAAACAAAAAUGCCCAAAACCUUUACCAGAUCUUCAUCACCUUCAAAGAGAGGUUGUUGAUCUAUGGGAAAUACUGUAGCCACGUGGAAUCAGCCAUUGCUACUCUUGACAACAUCUGCAAGGACAGGGAGGACGUCCGCAUGAAACUCGAGGAAUGUUCAAAAAGAGCCAACUAUGGCAAGUUUAUACUGAGGGAUCUGCUGGUCGUCCCCAUGCAGCGUGUGCUUAAAUACCACCUCCUCCUGCAGGAGCUGGUGAAACACACGCACGACGCCGCUGAAAAGAGCAAUCUGCGGAUGGCACUGGAUGCCAUGAAGGACCUGGCUCAGUAUGUGAAUGAAGUCAAGAGAGACAAUGAGACCUUGCGAGACAUAGACCAGUAUCAGAAAUCCAUUGAAAACCUGAACCAGCCUCUCAGAAACUACGGCAGACCGAAGGGCGACGGGGAGGUACGGGUGUCCUCAGUGGACAAACGAGCCAAACAGGACAGGCACAUCUUCCUGUUCGACGCGGCGGUGAUCGUGUGUAAACGGCGAGGAGACAACUACGAGAUGAAGGAGGUGGUGGACUUGCACCUCUUCAAGAUCACCAACAACCCCACGUCGGACAAGGAGAACCGAAAGUGGUCCUACGGAUUCUACCUCACACAUAACCAGGGCCAGAGCGGCUUCGAAUUCUUCUUCAAGACCAAGGAGUUGAAGAAAAAGUGGCUGGAGCAGUUCGGCAUGGCCAUAUCCAACAUCCGGCCCGAGAACGCCACCAGCAAUUUCCAUGAGUUUCGCAUGCACACCUUCGACAGGAUCACCUCCUGCAAUUCCUGCCACAUGCUGUUAAGGGGCAUCUUUAACCAGGGCUACCUGUGCUCCAAGUGUGGACUGGGGGCCCACAAAGAAUGCCUGGCCCGCUUCAGCUGCUGUGGGAAAACAGAUCCCAGCUCCAUCAGAACUCAGGGCAGAACGUCGAAUCGCGCAGACCGAGAUCCAGGUCUGCCCAAGAUGCUAGUCAUCAGGAACUACUUUGGAGUGCCAAGCCCCACGUCUGGCCCGCCUCUUACUGUGCAGACCGGUGACAUCAUCGAGCUCAUCUGUGCCGACGUUCGCAGCCCCUGGUGGCAGGGCAAACUCCUGUCGACGAAGGAGGUUGGCUUCUUUCCAAGCGACGCGGUGAAGCCGUGCCCAUGUGUCCCGAAGCCUGUCGAUUACUCCUCCCAACCCUGGUUUGCAGGGCCCAUGGAGAGACUGCAGGCGGAGGCUGAGCUCAUCAACAGGGUCAACAGCACCUACCUGGUCCGCCAUCGCAGCAGAGAGUUCAACGAAUACGCCAUCAGCAUCAAGUACAACAACGACGUGAAGCACAUCAAGAUCCUGACCAAGGAGGGCUGCUUCCACAUCGCUGAGAACAAGAAGUUCAGGAGCAUAUUAGAGCUGAUAGAGUACUAUAAACACCAUUCCCUGAGAGAAGGUUUCAAGAGUCUGGACACCACGCUACAGUUUCCCUAUCGCGAGCCAGAAAAUGCCGCCAUGCAGCGCAGCAGUCGGUCCGGAGGAAGCAGUGACGUGGUCAAGAUCUACACCAAGUCAGGCGCUAAUGGCUGGUGGAGGGGCGAGGUCAACGGCAGGGCCGGCUGGUUUCCAUCCACCUACGUGGAAGAAGGAGAGGAGUGAGAGACAGACCACUGCAUACUCAGAAGAUGAGUAAGAGGAUGUACCAACUACAGAGGACUAGCAAACGGACUGAAUAACAGAUGUGUGGAACCAGGUGGUUAGCUAGCCUCUGGUCCACCACUUGCUCUGAUGUGACAGCAGACGGCCUCGUUUUUCUCACGCCGGGCCAGAGGCCUCAGGGCGGAUGUGGAGGAGGAAGAGGAAGAGGAGGUGGACUGCAGAUGCAAAGCCUUAUCAAUUCAGCAUCCUGAAUGACUCUCCUCUUGGCCAAGUGGCUCCACCGACUAGCAGCUUGCCUGUCGGCGGGGGUCCGGUGUUCUCCGAAAACCAUCCAGCCGUCCAUCCCCCUUCCCCCGCCUCCUCCCUCUUUCUGCUCUUUCCAGCCCCCGGGUCCCAACUCCCACCUCUCUCCCCUUGCCAAGUCAGCCGUCACCAGUCUGUCAAGAGUAAAUAUUCAACUGCUUCAACCCACUCAACCAUCCAUCCUUUCAUCCAUUCGUUCAUUUCCCACUGGGAAAACGGUUGC